CAUACAUGUCUGACAUUUCAGGAUGUGUUUACCUUUGAAUUCAAUAGGAACGUGAGUUCGUGAUUAAUUUUAAUAAUAUUUCUAUGAAUUGAAAUUGAAGAUGCUCGCCAGCAUAACUAAAGCCUUCUCAGGCAUUCCUCUGUGCUCAGUGAAUCAAAUUCUGUGCCAACAGACACGGAACACAUUCAUUCUGAAACGACGCACACCGCCGAAUCUUUACAAAAAGAAUGAGAAACCGACCAAACUGCGCGGUCGGCACUUUGUGUACGAAUUGGUUGAGGACACCACCACAAAAAAGAAGCCCGACCUGGAAGUGAUACUGACGGCGUUCGUCGAGGGCAUUGGCGCUAAAGGAGACGUGGUUUCGCUGAAACCCCACGUCGCUUACAACAAGCUGCUGCUGCCCGGUCUAGCCGUAUACAAAACACCGGAGACAAUUGCCAAGUACUGCGCCGAGAAGGAUGCUGGUAAAAAGGAGGAAGCGCACAGCUCACCGUUUGCGCAGAGAACAAUCAACAAACUGCAGGAGCUCACCCUGGCCGUGGUGAUGAACAAAGACCAACCGUGGGUAAUUGAACGGUGGCACAUAAAGGCUUCGCUUCGCAAAGCCGGCUAUUAUGUGACUGAAGACGCUAUCACUCUGCCGGAAACGCCCAUCAGUGGACCCGAUCUAACCAAACAAGGCAAGGAUUUCUUCUGCACGGUUACCGUGAAUAAUCUGGAGAAGGCCAGACUACGCUGUCGGAUUCAUCACUGGAGCACGGACCCCAGCGAACGGCUGCCAUACGUGUAUGAGCAUUGGAAGUUGAACGCUGAGCCCUUGAUCGGGUGCGAUUCGAUGCCAGAGACGAGAAAGGAAUGAUUUCUGUGUACUUAUACUAUUAGAGUCAAUAAUAAAUCACUGGCAGAACCUUGCAA